AUGGACGUUGAGGAUAACAACGUCAUUAACAGAGCCGCGGCCGGCGAGACGCUCGAGCUGGACCUGUGGCCCGCGCUGCAGAUUGAGAUUCUCGCCCGUCUAGAAAAGAUUGCGCAUUCAGAAUUUCCCAUCCCCGACCUGCCGCCGCCGCGCACACUGCGACGAUCCCUCAACAACGGCGGGGCCUCUUCCUCAUCACCAAUAGCCGAGCCCUCGUCGCAAGAGGUCGACAAGGAGAAUGCACCGAUCCCCAACGACGGCAAGACCGGAUAUGACGUCAAGAAAGCCGACGAGGUGGACCAAGAGGCCACGGCCACGGGCAACGAUAAGGACGUCGUCAUGGAUAGGACCAGCGAGGCCAGCACAGAGAAACUAGACGGUGAAACCUCAACAGCAACAAAAGCACACGUAGAGGCAGCUUCUGGGAACGCUGCAUCAGAAUCGAGACCGCCCGACGAUGGUGGCAGCGACAACACCAACCCGCCAAAGCUCCCGGUCCAACUCGCCGCCAUGCUCAGCGAGAUCAAGAGCCACAUCCAGACCUUUACCCAUGCACCGCCGCACACGCUCCAGCGCCUGGCCGAGCUGGUACUGCAGCCGUGUCUGCACUACCGUGCCCUGGCCACGUAUCUGCACGCCGUCGACCGCGUUGUCCAAGUCACCUCGGGCCUUAACACGUACCCGCUGCCGCCCGCCAUCCCCGACAUGUCCUCGAUGCACAUCAACGGUGUCGACGGCAGCAAGGGCGCCGCAUCCUCGGUGAAUUGGGGAAACCCCACCGUUGGCGCGCACAGUGCUGCCAACAUAUACCAUGCGCCGCCAGCACCUGUGGGCUCUGACGAGGCACUCGGCGGUGCGCUACUGACGCCCAUUCCCUGGCUGACGCGGCGCAGCCCCGAAAGCGGAGACGCAGCCUCGACGAGCAGCGGUGGCGGCAGCACAGCCGGCGGCAGCAGUAGCGGUGCGCAGAUUCACAGCGAGGGCACUGAGACCAUUGACGGCCCCAACGGCAUGGGCAGCAUCGAGACAGUGUCGGUAAGCGUCAACGGUGUGCCGUCGACAGGCCACGCGCGCGGCGUGACGCAAGGGGAGCUACUGCGCCAGGAGCAACGUGCCGGCGUCGUGCCUGUCAGCCAACUGUCGCGCAACGCCGGACAUCCGCAGCACGCCAUGCAGCACCACCAGCUGCAGUCGCAGCGUGAGGCCGGCGCCCACGGCGACGGAUUCGACGGAUCCGACGAAGACGAACCCCCGUCCAUAGACGAGGACCGGCGUGCGCCCGCCGUCGACGACGGCGAGGAGGAGGAAGCGGAAGACGAGCUCCCGCACGCGCGCGGGCCCGACGAGAUUGGCGUCGGCGACACGGGGCUCCAGACAGCCACCACGAGCGCCAUGGGCGAGGCCGGCCUCGAAAUGCAGGGCAUUGACGUCGCGGCCGCCGUCGGCAGACCGCGCGAGGAGGAGGAACACCCCGCGCAAAGGAAAUCGUCGCCAGAAAACGAGCAGACUGUUGAAAAGCAAGCCAAGGUGGAAGACGAGGAGGCGCCGUUGAGUCCUGAAAGCGUGGCGACGAAGCGCGAGGCAGAGGAUACGGCACAACGCGAGCCUGCGAAAAAGCUCAAGGAAGAAUGA